AGGCACAUGCACGUACGUAUGCAGGCAGCCAGCGACUCGGGGCUUGCAUAUCAAGGCUAAAAUGCAGCAAUAUACAAAAAAUUAUUUACAGCACGGUCUGAGAUGAUAAACACGAGGCCGUCCUUAUAAUUUUAAUACUUAAAAUGUAUGUAAUCACGGAAUCAUGUGAACGUGUAUAAAUUGAAAUCCAUUUUUUAACCAAUAUAUCAAACAGUGUGUGCGUUCCGCUCGGUUUGUUUGACGCCAAUUCAUUCAUUCGACACCUGAAGCUUGUACUACAAAUCAAUAUCAAUGUUGUAACGAGAAGUCACUGAACAUCCAACUUUUAAUUCUUGACUAGAACCUUGAAGCCUGAUAGAAGAGGAUCGUACCAAAGGGUGAAUACUUCAACAACGCGUGAUGCGAUUUAUUGAAGUUUUAACGAAAUGGGUAGUGCUUGGUGGCAGUGCGCUGCCUGCUUGAGAACUCAGGAAGAAGAUAUUUGCGAACUACAGUUAAACCACUGCAACCUCUAUGACGUACCCCCGGACGUAUUCAUCUACGAAAGAACGCUGGAAAAACUUUUUCUCGACGCAAACAGAAUCAAGGACCUUCCACGACCAUUAUUUCAAUGCCAUGAACUGCGUGUACUGUCACUGAGUGAUAACGAAGUUGGUACGCUACCGCCGGCGAUAGCAUCUCUAAUAAACUUGGAACAUUUGGACUUGAGCAAAAACACAAUAAAGGAGCUUCCAGACAGUAUUAAGGAAUGCAAAAACUUACGAUCUAUCGAUAUCAGCGUGAACCCGUUUGAACGAUUUCCUGAUGCUAUCACACAUAUCGUUGGGCUACGAGAGCUGUAUUUAAACGAUGCUUACAUCGAGUAUUUACCAGCAAAUUUUGGAAGACUGUCCUCACUCAAGACCCUCGAGCUCAGAGAAAACAAUAUGAUGACUUUACCCAAAAGUAUGAGUCGUCUUGUCAAUUUGCAGAGACUGGAUAUAGGGAAUAAUGAUUUUACCGAAUUGCCUGAAGUUGUCGGGGACUUGAUAAACCUGACCGAACUUUGGAUAGAUGGUAACGACAUACGUAGAAUACCGACAAACAUAGAGCAGCUAGUCAGGCUGAAUCAUUUUGACUGUACGAUGAACGCCGUACACCUAAUGCCGUCAGAAAUUCAAGGGUGGCGUGAUAUAUCGAUAAUGAAUCUUUCCUCAAACGAGAUUUAUCAGCUGCCGGAUUCUCUCUGCUACCUACAGACCGUAGUCACUCUUAAAAUUGAUGAUAAUCAACUGAACGCUUUGCCCGAUGAAAUUGGUCAAAUGUCUAGCUUGGAAGAGUUGAUAUUGACGAAAAACUUUUUAGAAUACUUACCACCUUCGAUAGGCCUUUUAAGAAAACUCCACUGCUUGAAUGCUGAUAAUAAUUACCUCAGAUGCUUACCACCCGAGAUCGGCAGCUGUACGGCGUUGUCUCUCCUCUCGUUAAGAUCCAACAAUUUAUCCAAGAUACCACCAGAGCUCGGUCACUUGGCUUCGCUGAGAGUUUUAAAUUUAGUCAACAAUUGCAUAAAGUUUUUACCCGUCUCAAUGCUGAAUUUAAAUUGCUUGAAAGCCUUGUGGCUCAGCGACAAUCAAAGCCAGCCCCUUGUUCCCCUGCAACAAGAAUUCAACUGCGAAGAGGACAUCAUGGUUCUCAGCUGCUUCAUGCUACCGCAAAAACCACGACAAGAUAUCGAACAAAUGGAACAACCGGUUGGGCCACUCGCAGGAACGGUUCCAGGAUCGGGGCGGAGAAUAUGCUUUGCAGCCGAAGUGGAAUCCGAAGGUCCUAGGCAGCUCCAUCGCGCUCCAACUCCCUACCCUAAGGAACUUCGCAAUCUUGCCAGGCACGCGAGAAACCUUCACCAUCAAUCCAACUACAAUCAACAGAGUAAUCUGGAACCAGAAACUACCAUCAGAGAAGCAAUCGUCACCAAGGCAACUGCAUCUCUGAGUAUUCUUCCAAAAUCUGGUUCUUUGCCGCACCAAUCACCGUCAGGCAAGAAUUUUCACCCACCGUCCACACCGGACGGUUCCCACACCUCCAAUCAUUAUCGUAACAAUGAUACGUGCGAAGUGGAUGCGAAUCGAGUUUACUCCGAGGAAUCUUCGGAUGAAGCGAACAAAAUCGUUUUGGCAGAAGAAAAGAGCCCCGAUAUUCGCGAGGCUAAAUGCAUUCGAAAUCCUUCCUCCGAAUACAUAAAGCAGCCGACAGUCGCAGAUUAUGUUAAUUCAACUUGGAAACCUGAUGAAUAUUCUAAGGCCAACACAGCUAAAAUAAUUGAGUCUGAAAAGUUUGCCGAACCUUAUAGAAGUACUCCCAUCAACGGAGACAAAGGCAUUAAUCAUUUUGGUAUUGACGGUUUCAAAGUUAACGACGUACCUCCGCUGCCACCGCCUUAUCACAUCGCGGCAGCAUUUUCAAAGAAAGCUAUGCUUUUUCAGCAAAUCAAUAAUGCUACAACAGAACCACAAAUCCUGCCUUCAAAAGUUUCGUCGUUAAGUUCAUUGAAAUUUGAUCAACCCUUAAACUUAGUAAAUCAAAAUAAUAAAGCAAUAAUCAGUCCGGCUGAAGAGAAAAGUUUUAACCGUUCAAAAAAUGACAAUACUAACGCGGUAAUUUACGCCAAUGAAUUAUCGGAAAUGCAAGUUGAUGUAAUAGAGAAGACUGUUAUGGAGAAGAGAGUUUCCGUCGACGCAGUGGACAAUCCAGUUGUUGAAAUUGAAGAAAAUAGCUCUGACCUAUUGUCAGAAAAUGAUCAAAGUUUGAGGCCCAGUAAGAUACCGAUAUUAAAACAGAAAUAUUUCGACGACGAUUCUCUCAACAAAUAUACGAACUCUGUGGAAACUAACGACAGUUACAAGUCAUUGAGUUUAUCAUCUACACCGACGUCGCCGAUAACAGGAAAAAAAUACAGAGUACCUCUUUCCUCGCGUACGAAACUCGUCGCGAAUAGUAAAAAGUUUGAGAAUGGUGUAUCGUCGGGUAAAAACGAGUCGGAGAGUCGUAAUACGAACGAAAUUGGUCAGCAGUUGAUGGAUAAAUAUUCGAUGAAAAGUAAUUCGAGUAAUAAUCUUAAGGACGAUGUGAAAUCUUUGGACAAGAUAAAUGACAAUUUAGAAAAUAAUCAUAGUUUAAUAUAUACACUGGAUGACAAUUUGCCAGUUAGUAAUAAAUGCGCUGUGAAAAUACAAAAUGAUACAAUCAUCUCUGGGCGGGGCAUGUUUACGGUGACGUCGAAGUCAUUUGACAAUGCAAACGUGUCAAUUAAUGCUAAAUCAAAAAUUCCAACUUUGACCAACUCGCCAAGCCCCGAAAGGAAGCCCAGACUGAAGUGGAUGUUCGGACCUCACAAAAAUGCUAACGUCUUCCCAGUACAAGUGAGAAAAAAUCCCGGUCUCGGAUUUAGCAUCGCUGGCGGUGUGACUGGGGCUGAAACGGGUAUUAUAGUGACAAAAGUAAAUCCUGAUGGGCCGGCUCAAGGCACGCUUCGACCUGGAGAUAAAAUCUUAGAAGUGGACGGAGUUGACUUUACUAAAAUGGAUCACGACAAAGCUGUGUCUGUUUUGAAAGCUACAAAUCCCGUUGUUUCCAUGAUGAUUAGCAGGCAUCAAUGAGGAACUGACUUCCUUUUGUGUAGUUGUUAGCUAUUUAAAAAAAAAAAAAAGAUAAAAAAAAAAUUAAGAAGAUAUUCGCAGUAUUUCGAGAACCGAAUCGCAUCUCCGUCUAGACUGAAUAGCUAUUAUGUUGUUAUAUUUUAUUUUAGAAUUUAUUAUAUCUGCUGAUCGAUCGGUUUAUGGGUUUUUUCAUUGUCCGGUUAUACAUACAACAGAACGAAGCGCACACCCUACAUCCUUUGUACUGGUCAAUUCUUAAAAUAAUUCGUCAAG